CCUGGGGCACGGGGAAGCAAACCAAGUCCCUCUCCAAGUUCUCCACCUCGGCACUCCGAGGAGUUUUCUCUUUCCGAGUGAGCGAAGCCUCUUGGGCCUGAGGAUGCGCCCCGGAGGGGCUGGGGAGGGGCUGGGGAGGGGUGGGCCGCUCGGUGCCUGCGGCCCUCUCCGAGCUUUUCCGGCCUUGUCCCCUACCGCGGGCCUCGACCCCCUCCCUCCCAGCCUGCCCGCAGAUGAGGUCAUGCCCGAGCCAUCCCGGGGGUGGGGGACUUGGAUACCGCGGCACAGGGUGUGUGUGGCGAGGCUGGAGAGGGUGGCAAAGGCAGAGAACUUCGGCGGCUUCUACCAAACUGGGAGGUGUAGAGUGGGCGCCGUUUUGUGAGCGGCUCCCAACGGCAACCAGGGAGGGGAAGAAUCGACUUUGUUUACAGACCUGAGCCUCAGGCUGAGGCUUGGGGAGGAGGGAGAGUCCUGUACUCCGCCCCACUGCGCAUCUGCAGCCUCCCGGAACAUCUGGCUGAGCUUGUGCCGGAGCCCCGCACCUCCAUCCCCACCCCCGCUCUGAGGUGCCGUGUCCCGCACGGCCUUUGGGCGUUCAGAGUCGGGGUAGGAGGAUUCCAGAGCUCCCCACCCAUGCUACCCACUUGCAAAACACCGAGUCGCCGCGGCGACCACAGACCAGCAGAUAGAUCCUGAUGGGCUCGAGGCUGUGGUCACAGCCAGGUUGCUGGCCAGGUCUCUCUCCGCCUUGCAGAUAACGUUGAAGCUGUCGCUCAGCGUCCCUGGAUCGCCCCCUCUGUUUUGAGGGCUGCGCUGUCUGAGGCUUCCGCACCGGCGGGCGCCGGCCUUGUGCAAGGCGUGGACCCUGCCUCUGCGCACGCGGAGCCCGGUCCAGGCCUAGCACUGACGCAUCUGGGAAACUGAGGCUUUGCAUGUCUCCCCAGCUGGGCUCGGAGAGGCUGCCCGAGCGGCAGGGCUUCUAGGAACCAUGACCCAAGUCUUAGGACCACCUGUUGACAGCGCGGCGCUGGAGCGGCUGCUCUUGCGGUGUCCUAUUGGUGCACAGCCUGGGGCGACCUCUUCCACUCCCUGCUGCAGGUGGGGUGUCUUGGACCUAUUCCAGGGUGGGGUAGGACGGGACCUCUGUCCUUCCAUAGACGCUGCGCUGUGACGCAGGUCCACUGCGCGCUCGAUUCCAGGAGGCUCCGCGCAGGGCCUGCAGCAGGGGGCCGGUCAGGCAAGCCUGAUCAUCGGGGCAAGUGCAUGUCCUACAGGAUGACCGGGGCUGAGAGGGCACUCACUCCACACUGCAUCCCAUGCCCAGACCGGAUCCUUGGCGCAGGAAGAGAAGUCUCGCCUAAAGUCCCACGGUGCCGGACGCCUCAGCGAUCCCACCUUGAACCUGGGCUUAGCGCCCCCUAGCGGGCGGGUGCUCCGGGCAGCAAGCGCGCUGACCUGCAGGAUACUGGCUGAGGGUGACCCGGCGGCCCGCGUGGCUGUCCUGGACGUUCUUACAUGGGACAAGAAUAAUCUGUCAGGGCUAGAGGCCCAGGCCAAGAGUCGCCUCCCCCAGAGCGAUCUGGGGCAGCGAGGGAGAAGCCGGGCCGGGCUGGGGCUGCCGGGACAGCGCAAGGAGUGGCUGGAGGCCUGGGUCUUGUUCCUCCGUGCGACCCGAGCAGCCGGCCUCUGCAGAGCCGAGCAAACACUGCUCCCGCUGCGGCGUGCGCGCAGGACCAGCAGCGGUGGCCGUGCAGGCGGUGAGACCUCGGCGCUGCUCCUGCUGGGUGCGACCCCGGGCGCACCCACCGCGCGACGAUGAGGGCGCGGCCGCAGGUCUGCGAGGCGCUGCUCUUCGCCCUGGCACUCCAGACCGGCGUGUGCUAUGGCAUCAAGUGGCUAGCGCUGUCCAAGACACCGGCAGCCCUGGCGCUGAACCAGACGCAGCACUGCAAGCAGCUGGAGGGCCUGGUGUCAGCGCAGGUGCAGCUGUGCCGCAGCAACCUGGAGCUCAUGCACACCAUCGUGCACGCCGCCCGAGAGGUCAUGAAGGCCUGCCGCAGGGCCUUUGCUGACAUGCGCUGGAACUGCUCCUCCAUUGAGCUCGCCCCCAACUACCUGCUUGACCUGGAGAGAGGGACCCGGGAGUCAGCCUUCGUGUAUGCGCUGUCGGCUGCCACCAUCAGCCACGCCAUCGCCCGGGCCUGCACCUCUGGCGACCUGCCCGGCUGCUCCUGCGGCCCUGUGCCAGGUGAGCCACCCGGGCCCGGGAACCGCUGGGGAGGAUGUGCAGACAACCUCAGCUACGGGCUCCUCAUGGGGGCCAAGUUUUCCGAUGCUCCUAUGAAGGUGAAAAAAACAGGAUCCCAAGCCAAUAAACUGAUGCGUCUACACAACAGUGAAGUGGGGAGACAGGCUCUGCGUGCCUCUCUGGAAGUGAAGUGUAAGUGCCAUGGGGUAUCAGGCUCCUGCUCCAUACGCACCUGCUGGAAAGGGCUGCCAGAGCUUCGAGACGUGGCUACCGACCUCAAGACCCGGUACCUCUCAGCCACCAAGGUUGUGCACCGACCCAUGGGCACGCGCAAGCACCUGGUGCCCAAGGAUCUGGAUAUCCGGCCUGUGAAGGACUCCGAACUCGUCUACCUGCAGAGCUCACCCGACUUCUGCAUGAAGAACGAGAAGGUGGGAUCCCAUGGGACACAAGACAGGCAGUGCAACAAGACCUCCAAUGGCAGUGACAGCUGCGACCUCAUGUGCUGUGGGCGUGGCUACAACCCCUACACAGACCGCGUGGUGGAGCGGUGCCACUGCAAGUACCACUGGUGCUGCUACGUCACCUGCCGCAGGUGUGAGCGCAUGGUAGAGCGCUAUGUCUGCAAGUAAGGGUGGGACUUCUGCACGCAGGGGUGCGGCAGCGGCAGGGCUUGCAGAUGCACCAGGGACCUUUCCUUGCGAAUUCCUGAUGCCAGGCGUGCGCAGCAGGCAGCUUGGGCUUUGCCCCCUUGGAAGCUACCCGGGACAGAAGGUCUGCUCACCCUGGAAGGAGAGCUGGACAUCAAAGGAAACCGACAAGAUUAAAAAUAACCUAGUAGCUCAGGCCCUGGAGUGCCCAGGCGCCGCCUUCCAGGCUGGUCCAAGGAGCCGGGGCAAGGGAUUGCAAGACCGAGUGGACGUGACCUUCCAGGGCCCGGAGACCAGCCUUCAGGAAUGCUCUACGGGCCCUCGGCCCACCAAAUGGAACCACUAGCUUGGGUUGUAAAUGUUUUUUGAUUUUUGUUUUUGUUUUUUGAUUUUUUUUUUCUUUUUUUCCUUUGGGGUGUGGGAGCUACAGAACUAUUUAUGAAACAUAGCUUUUUCUUUGGGGUGGUUUACCUCAGUUCCUCUUUAUAUAUUUUAUAUAUAAAUGUGUAUGUGUAUAUAUAUAUAUAUAUAUAAUGAUCUAUAUUUUAAACAAGCUUCUUAAACAGCUGUAUGAAAUAAAUGCUGAA